AUGGAAAUGACAACGUUGCAUUUCAACACGUGUGUUUCUUAUCCAACUGUGCGUGUUUCUUAUCUCAGUUCACAAAUGUAGUUCUGUUCUGUUCUGUUCAACUACGUCUUGUUCCUUUCUCACCAAAAUGGCAACUUCAAUCUCACCAUGGUUCUCUCCCAUUUCUAUAUCUUGUUCCAACACACGCAACCGUCGUUAUCGUGUACCCGCCCGCACCAAAUCUAAAUCUCCUCCCAACCCUAAACUUAACUACAGCCACAACUCCCCGCCGCAACCUCCACUCCUCUCCGCCGGCGACGCCAUUACUUACACCCGUCUCCCUCUCAAGGAAGAUUACUCAUCACCCUCAUCUCCUUCUUCAUCAGAAAUCAAACUCUCUGAUUCAACACCAAUUCAUCAAUUUCUCUACAAACUCAAACAUGAUAAUGAUAAAGAAGAAGAAGAAGAAAUUAAUGCUAGUUUUGAAAUUAUUGUCGAUUCUGAUUCUGAAGACGAUGAAGAAUUAGGAUUUACGGAUGAAGAUGACGACGACGAGGAAAUUGACAAUGAGGAUGAGGAGAUUGAUGAAGGUGAAGAAAUUUGGAGCGAGGAAACAGAGGGUGAGGUGAAGGAGAAAGGAUUACCGGCGGUAAUGCGAUGUUUUGAUCGGGCGAAGAUUUACGCGAAAGCUGGAGAUGGUGGCAAUGGAUCAAUGGCAUUUAGGCGGGAAAAAUAUGUUCCAUUUGGAGGGCCGUCUGGAGGUGAUGGAGGGAGAGGUGGUAAUGUGUAUGUGGAAGUUGAUAGAGGUAUGAAUUCAUUGUUACCGUUUCGAAAUGGGAUUCAUUUUCGGGCGGGGAGAGGGUCACAUGGUGCAGGUAGAUUGAAGAUUGGUGCUAAGGGUGAAGAUGUGGUGGUGAAGGUGCCACCUGGGACUGUGGUUAGAGAGGCUGAUAAGGAUGAGGUUUUGUUGGAAAUGGUGUAUCAUGGACAGAAGGCUUUGUUGUUGCCUGGUGGUAGAGGUGGUAGAGGGAAUGCUGCUUUUAAGUCUGGGACUAAUAAAGCUCCUAAGAUUGCUGAGAAUGGUGAAGAAGGUCCUGAAAUGUGGUUGGAGUUAGAACUUAAGCUUGUUGCAGAUGUUGGUAUAGUUGGUGCUCCAAAUGCAGGGAAAAGUACACUUUUGAGUGUUGUUAGCGCUGCUAAGCCAGAAGUGGCAAAUUAUCCCUUUACAACACUGCUUCCCAAUCUUGGUGUUGUUUCAUUUGACUAUGAUUCAACUAUGGUAGUGGCAGACCUUCCGGGUCUUCUUGAAGGAGCACACCGAGGUUUUGGUUUAGGUCACGGAUUUCUGCGACACACUGAAAGGUGUUCUGCACUGGUACAUGUUGUUGAUGGUUCAUCACCACAGCCAGAUCUUGAGUUUGAUGCAGUUCGUCUAGAGCUGAAGCUAUUUAAUCCUGAACUAGCUGAGAAGCCUUUUAUAGUUGCUUAUAAUAAAAUGGAUCUUCCAGAAGCAUAUGAAAACUGGGAAUUUUUCAAGGAGAAGUUACAAUCUCGUGGGAUCACACCUUUUUGUAUGAGUGCUGCCAAAAGGGAAGGUACUCAUGAAGUUAUUUGUGCCGCUUAUGAGCUUUGGCGUAAAAAUAAAGAAGCCAAGGAGGAAUAUGAAGAUGGACAAGAUAUGGUAAACAUCAGUCAUGUGGCUCGUACAUUACAGAAGCAACGAAAUGCUUCCAUUGGUGAUUUUGAGAUUUUUCAUGACAGCGAUUCAAAUGCUUGGAACGUAGUUGGAUCUGGACUGCAACGUUUUGUCCAGAUGACAAAUUGGCGGUAUGUUGAUUCAGAGAAAAGGUUCCAAAAUGUCCUUGAGGCUUGUGGUGUGUUUAAGUCUCUUGUGAAACUUGGGGUAAAGGAAGGUGACAAAGUCAUUGUUGGAGAGAUGGAGAUGAUAUGGCAUGAUUCCUCAGACAAACUUGGUGCAUCAAAGAUGAAGAAGUUGUCCUCAGAUUCAGUUAAAUGGCCUGAAUGGAAGUAAUGCCAUUCUAUUUUGGCGCUUCUAGCUCCAUAUGUACUGCUACUACAAAAUAGUUAAUGCAGGAAGCAAGUUCGGUCAAAAUGAGAUGACAUAGCUAAGGACAAAAAUUAUGAAAAGCUGCCUCGAGAAGCAUAACGGUAAAGCAUACAAAUUGCGCGCUUGUUCGGGAUGGCAUGAUGUUCGAUGCAUUCACAAUUUCAAAUUCGUUAUUUAACCAGAAGAUGAAGUCUUCAGUUGCUGCUCAUAAGUGAGCUAGGCAAGAUACAGUCGUAAGGGCGCACAUCUUACAUUAUUUUUAGAAUAAAUAUGUAAUCAACAGAAUAGAAUAAAAUUGUUUGUGUAAUUUUAUGAUGAAUUGUUGUAAGCUGUAACAUUUUUGUAAUAGAAUGUAAGUUGCAUAAUUUGUUGAAAUUAGGGUAAAAAUCAAAUUUGAGUUUCA